GGCCAUGGCGACGCUCGGCGGCAUGCUUGCCGCUGCCAUCCUCAAGGUGGUGCGCGACCAGGUUGGUUCUCUGAUCGGGGGUCAGAUCGCGCUGCAGAUGAACUUGAACAACGACCUGAAGAAGAUGAAGAUGGCGCUGGAGAGUGUCGAUGCCGUUCUCGAGGACGCCGAGAGGCGGUCCAUCACGGAUAAAUCAACGCGUCUUUGGCUGAAGCGGCUCAAGGACUUCAUGUAUAUCAUUUCGGACAUGAUUGAUGAGUUCGAAGCAGACACACAAGCCAUCACCCAGCCGUCUGCGCGCAAGUUCUCCUUCAAAAAAUAUUUGGCGAACAUGAUCCCUUGUCUCACAAUUGGCCCCAACAUUACAAUGGCCAAUAGGAUGAAGAACAUGAGGGACGACCUGAAGGUCAUAACAGAUCAACACAAGGAAUUCAAGUUAACAGACUGCACUAAUGCCAAUGAGCCAAAGGUGACUGAUAUACGGGAAACAUCAUCAACCCUGGAGACACAAAUCAUUGGGAGGACUGAGGAGAGAGAUAUAAUAUUGGCUUCUUUAUCUGAGAGCACGACAAAGGAUAUCAAAAUCCUUCCUAUAUAUGGCAUUGGAGGCCUUGGCAAGACAACCUUGGCAAAAAUGGUUUACAAUAGUUCCCAAUUCAAUGAAUACUCUCAAGUGUGGGUUUACGUGUCUCAGACAUUUGAUUUGAUCAAAAUUGGAAACUCUAUAAUAUCACAACUAUCAGAGAAAGAUAAAGAGAGUGGGUACACUGGAAAGCAGAUGAUCCAUAAUUCCCUUGAAAAGCUCCUUGCCAACAAGAAGAUUCUGAUUGUUUUAGAUGACAUGUGGGAAGAAAACAUAUCUCGGUUGGAAGAACUGAAAGAUAUGUUAAAAGUUGGGGAGAGCAAUAAGGUGAUUGUUAUAGCAACCACACGAAGUGAAGGUAUUGCAAGGAAAAUGUCUACCAUCCAACCAUACAAAUUAGCACCAUUGACUGAUGAUAUGUGUUGGUCUAUUAUAAAGCAAAAGAGUGCAUUUGAAUCUAGAGGUGACAAAGAACAAUUGGAGGAAAUAGGGAAGGUCAUUGCAAUGAAGUGUGCGGGUGUGGCUUUAGCAGCUAAAUCACUUGGACACACGCUGCAAUCUAUGAAGUCUGGUCAAUGGGAAUCACUAUGCUUUGCCUAUUGUGCAAUAUUUCCAAAAGGUCACAAGAUACUUAAAGAUGAUCUUAUUCAUCAAUGGGUGUCUCUUGGUUUCUCUACUCGGGAGCUUGGUGAGAAAUACAUUAGUCAGCUUUUGGGGCUCUCUUUCCUUGAACAUUCAAAGCCAUCAUCGAUUGUUGCGCUAUAUGAUGAAGAUAUUAUAUUGUUGACCAUGCAUGACCUGGUGCACGAUUUGGCAAGAUCGGUCAUGGACGAUGAAAUUAUUUUGGUUGUCAAAGGCAAUAACGCUGAAGAAAGCUGCUACCACUACGCAUUACUCGAUGAUUGUAGCAAGCCAUUGGGAUCGGACUUAUCCAAGAUAAGGGCGUUACGUUUUAUGGGUUGUGACAAAUAUAAGCUUCAUGAUGACGCAUUUUCAUCUGCCAAGUCUUUGCGUGUCUUGGACUUAAGUGAGUGUACCAUACAUAAGCUGUCAUACUGUAUUGAUGACCUGAAGCAAUUAAGAUAUCUUAACACUCCAAGAGUCCAAGAUGCAAAGAUUCCAGACAGUAUCACCAAGCUCUCAAAAUUGAUUUACCUGAACCUUCAUGGAUCUCUUACAAUCUUAGCACUACCAGAGUCAAUUGGAGAAAUUGAGGGUCUAAUGUAUAUUGAUUUGUCAAGUUGUUCCGGAAUUACAAAACUGCCAGAAUCAUUCAGGAGGCUACAAAAGUUGGCGCAUUUGGAUUUAUCAAAUUGCUCGUCUGUUGAAGGAAUAUCGGUGUUCUUGGAGAGCCUCACACAACUAGAGUAUUUGAACUUGUCAUGCUGCCCACACAUCGGAGAUAUACCAGAAGUUCUGGGCAGCCUAUCCAAACUGCAGUAUUUAAACUUAUCAAACAGCUCAUAUCUUGAAUGUGGUAAAGAAACAGAAUUUUUGGGUGCCCUCACCAAACUCGAGUAUUUGAACUUAUCUUCAUGGAAUUGUGAACUCAAAAAGCUCCCUGAAUCUCUGGGUGGAUUCAGUCAACUCAAGUACUUAAACUUAUCAGGUUGGCGAGAUAUGAAAAAAUUGCCAAGAGUAUUCGGGAGCUUAAAAAAUCUGCUCCAUCUUGACUUAUCACAUUGUUCUAUGAUUGAUGAUGUACAUGAAGCUUUGGUCGGUCUUACUGGUCUGCAAUAUUUGAAUUGCAGAGAAACACACGUCAGUUCCCUGCCAGAUGAUCUGACCAAGCUCCGGUAUCUAAAUCUAUCUAGACUAAGAAACAUACCUGUAGAUUUCUCGGAUGAUCCCAUCAAAUAUGAAUUCAAUAGUCUCCCUGCAGAAAACUGGGACAGUAUCGUCAACUAUAUAUGCAGUAAUCUUUCAGAACUGGAGCACUUGGACUUGUCUGGUAAUAUUUAUAUUGAAAAAAUACCUGAAAGUAUUUGUAGCCUAACGAAGCUGCAUACAUUGGACCUCUCAUAUUGCGAUUUGAGAAUGUUACCAGAAAGUAUAAGUGCAAUUGGUAGUUUGAAGUUUCUUUAUUUAAAUGAUUGUUGGGGUCGUCGUGGCAUAUCUCAACUCGGUAGCAGUGCAAUAUCGUUACCGCACUUUGUGGUGCGUGCUGCUGCUGAUGGAUCUAGCAGCAAUCUUGUCCUACUAAAGCCCACAGAUCCUUUUGAGCUGGAGAUAACUGAACUUGAAAAUGUGAAGUCCGCAGGAGAGGCACAUAGUAUAAAAUUAAUGGAAAAGCGAAGAAUUCGGGAGUUGAAACUGGAGUGGACUGAAGGUGUUGACAGAUUUGUGGAUGACAAAAUGUUGCUGGAAAAACUAGUGCCUCCAAGCACACUGAGUAGAUUGGAGAUAUGUGGUUACAGCAGUGUCAUCUUUCCAGGCUGGGUAGUGGGCCAACUACCAAACCUGGACUCACUGGUUCUCAGAGAAAUGGCAAAUCUAGAAGAGUGGGACACUUCAUACUCCACCGGUGAGGAGAACGUGUUAACACGAGUGCAAAUACAUGAUUGCUCCAUGCUAAGGAUGAAAGGGCCUCUGCCUAAAGCUAAAGAGUGGGAGAUAAUAUGCAGUGAUAAUGUGUUAUCAUCAUGGGAUGAGUGCAUUGUGCCACACACCCGUGCUUCCUCAUCUUCUCCAGUAACUACUAAGCUGUCAGUUAGCGACUGCAAGGGGCCUCACCAGUGGAGGUGGCUUCAACACUUCCCUGGACUCCCUUCUUUGUCUAUUAACAAUUGUGGCGAUCUAACCGGCUCACCAGAUAUCAUCCAACUACUAUGCUCUUUGGAGGAACUAUGGCUAGAAGACGAAGACAUGGAAGAACUGCCAAUAUGGUUGGGUGAGCUCCCAUCUCUAAAGAAUCUGACUAUAUUUAAUAGCAAUGGUGUAAAGGAGUUAAACGAGAACAUGAGGCAACUCACAAAGCUUGAAUCGCUACAACUUGCGUUCUGCGAAAGCAUAUCUGCAGUGCCACAUUGGCUAGGCGAAUUGACCUCUCUCAAGACACUUUGGAUACAUAACAGUGGAGGCUUGAGGUCUUUGCCGGCAAGCAUACAACAACUCACCAGCCUCCAGGAAAUAAAAAUUAUUAAGUGCCAUGCAUUAGAGCACGUGGUUGCUGAAACAGAGGAGGGAAAGAUGAAGCUGGCUGACGACCAACAAAGGGAAUCUGCUCUGCCCACCUCUCUAAAGAGACUUUGUCUGAGUGGAUGUGAUGGUAUCAAGUCUUUUCCUGAGGGAAUACAUCAACUCACUAACCUACAGGACCUAGAAAUAACUAGGUGCUCUGGACUAAAGGAAUGGUGUGAAUUAGAGGAGACCAAGACCAAAUUGGCUUGCAUAGAAACGAAGCAUAUUUGGUUCUAGACAGUGUGCAUAUACUGCACAACCAGGUGGCCAGGUUGCAACCUGAAUCAACCUGCAAGAUUUUGUUCUGGGUGAUUUAAAUUGUUGGAGUUGAAGAAGGACCUGAAAUUACAAGCCAUGGUGACGUGAAACUCGUUUGCAAGACCUGCAGCAUGUGACUUUGAAGCUGCAGGCCAUCGCCUGUACUAGUGUUUU